GUAUUUCCUCACAUAUUACUGUAACAUAUAGUAUUGAUUAUUUUGUUAUUUCUGUGUCCUGAGUAUUUCAACAAGGGUGCUGUGUGCAUGUUUGGCAAACCAAAUAACAUCCUAUUGCUGUUAUAAUAAUGUAUCCAACGUGCAAUACUUUUAGCACUUUAUUAACUGACAUUUGUUUAGGUUAUGGUAAAAGUAAUUGGUAAUAACUUACAUUGCACAUAGUGAGUCUAUUCUUACUCGAAUUUUGUCGCAAGUAUCCAUUUCUAAAAGUUAUUGCACACACCUUAAUAAAAAUCACACAUAACUGUUACUGUUACAUAAAGGACUCAACACUGAGCGUUUUUGGUUUAUUUUAUUUGUAAUCGAUCAAUACAUGUGCGUAUUUUCCCAUUGUAUACAGUCUAUGUGUAUGAGCCUACUUUGUGCUUGCAUAUAAGAUGCCUCUAAUAAUGUCUCCGCAUAGAAAGCCUUGCUCAGUGUUUAUGUUCUGUUUUGUUCCAGCGCACGGCCCGCCCCUCACGGUGUGGCACGUCCUUACGCUUUUCCACGUCGCAGUCCUGUCUCGGGCGAACUCUCUGCGUGUCUCCAGCUAGGCCAGAGAGUGAUGGCGGCGCCCGUCCUGAGAGUGUCCACCCCUCGGUGGGAAAGAAUAGCUAGGCUUCUCGUUUGCCUAUUGGGCAUACUGCUGUCUAUAUAUGCCUUUCACGUCGAGACAGAAAAGGCUCGGGAUCCGAGUUAUAAGGCGAUGUGCGACGUCAGCAUCUCCAUCAGCUGUUCGAAAGUGUUCAGCUCAAGGUGGGGUCGAGGAUUUGGACUCCUGGGUUCAAUCUUUGGAAAUGACAGUGCACUGAACCAGCCCAACAGUGUCUACGGGAUCGCUUUUUAUGCCUUUCAGCUUCUACUAGGAAUGACUGUGAGUGCAAUGGCCGCCCUUAUUCUCAUGACGACAUCCAUCUUGUCGGUGGUGGGUUCGCUCUACCUGGGCUACAUCCUCUACUUUGUCCUGAAGGACUUCUGCAUCAUCUGCAUCACUACAUAUGCGCUGAACUUCAUUCUCUUUACUCUCAACUACAAGCGACUGGUUUACUUGAACGAAGCCUGGAAGCAGCAGCUGCAGGCCAAGGAGGACUAAAUCUGUGGAGAACGGCAAGACAAGUACGACAAACAAACAAAGAAAAAGUAAAAAAAGAAACGUGACCUCUGAACAUUUGACUUGCCACCAGGAGACCUUGCUUCCAAACGAUGUUUAUUCUGCUGUGUGUUAAAAAAAAAAUUGAAGAAAUUUAACUUAAAUGUUGGGCCUGUUGCAAACACGGAGGAUUUGUAAGUGAAAGGUGUUUUUUUCUUUUUUUUUCUUCCUUGUUUAACAUAUUAAGGGGGCUGGCUGUGUGUGUGCA